AUGUCUAAACCGGUCGCAAUUAUCACUGGCGCCGCGUCUGGUAUGGGCCUUGCCUUGACCAGACAUCUGGUUUCCAAAGGCUGGCGGGUAGCAAUGGCCGAUAUCGAUUCCGAAAACGGAUCACGGCUUUCCUCUGAAUUAGGCGCAGAUACGAUUUUUCAACAAACGGACGUAUCUAACUAUGACGAGCAGGCCCGACUCUUUAGCCGCGCAUUUACCUGGGGUGGUAACCGCCUAGAUUUUCUCGCUGCAAAUGCUGGAAUUGAUGAUAAGCAAAGUCUAUACGAGAUAAAUGAGGAUCUUGAUGCGGAUGGUAUACCAAAGGAGAUGAACCUCAAGACCAUAAGGGUAGACCUUGAUGCAGUCAUUCAAGGAAUAUGGUUGUUUAAACAUUAUGCGCGGAAGAACAACACUCCAGGAGGCAAGAUUGUUAUCACAUCCUCUGCUGCCGGUAUCUACUCAAUGGCCACAAAUCCUCUUUAUACAAGCGCCAAACAUGGUCUUGUCGGUCUUGUUCGCGCAUGCGGUCCACAGUUUGCUGAAGAAAACAUCACCGUUAACUGCAUAUGUCCAUCAUUCGUACCGACGGGCUUGUGUCCACCACACGUGCUUCACAAGUUCCCAAAAGAACACAUCACACCAAUGAGCACAGUACUCAAGGCUUUCGACACUUUUAUAGGGGAUAAUACAAUGACCGGACAAACAGUAGAACUGAGUUUAGAGCACCUGUAUUUCAGAAAACAGCCAGAAUGGGCAAACGAGAGUCAGAAGUGGCUAGGAGAAGAGUCGGGGGAGUUUUGGAAGGAGGCAUACGAGUCUCUCGCAACUACGGAAGGGAAUUUGUAA